AUGGCGUUAGCCAUUGUAGCCUAUGGCCUACGCUUCACAAAACUUGCAGAGAGAAGGUUCGAGUCAUUAUGGCAGAUGGUUCUAAGUAAGAUUUUAACAUCAAAACACUGGAUUUUCACAUUCAUUUUCAGAGUUUUCAAGAAAACCAGUGGUGAUGGAAAGUUAUCCAUCUAUCUUGCAAAACGGGACUUUGUGGAUCAUGUCGAAUUUGUAGAGCCUGUAGAUGGAGUGAUUUUAAUUGAUCCAGAGUACCAAAAGGACAAGAAAGUAUUUGUGACAAUGACUUGCGCUUUCCGCUAUGGACGGGAUGACAUGGAGCUCAUUGGCUUGAGUUUCAGAAAGGAUCUGUAUGCGCUGUCUUGCCAGGUGUACCCUCCUUUGCCAGAGAACAAGAAGCCACUCACACCCCUUCAGGAGAAACUGCAUGCAAAACUGGGAGUGAAUUCCUUUCCUUUCUGCUUUAAUAUGGCUAAGAACUUACCAUGUUCUGUGACCCUGCAGCCUGGGCCAGAGGAUGCUGGGAAGCCGUGUGGGGUGGAUUUUGAAGUGAAAGGAUUCUGUGCAGAAAAUGUAGAGGAGAAAGUCCACAAAAAGAACACCGUUCGUCUCAUUAUUAGAAAAGUCCAGUAUGCCCCCGAAUCGUUAGGAGCAGCCCCACGUGCAGAAAUCUCACGCCAGUUUAUGAUGUCAGACAAACCGCUGCAACUGGAGGCCUCACUAGACAAGGAGAUACAUUACCAUGGUGAACCCAUCACUGUUAAUUUGAAAAUCAACAACACAACCAAUAAGAUUGUGAAAAAGAUCAAGAUCACAGUGGAUCAGGUGACGGAUGUGGUGCUGUAUUCAUUGGACAAGUAUUCCAAGGCUGUUUGCACUGAGGAAAUAAAUGAUACUGUAGCAGCAAAUUCCUCAUUCACCCGAUCAUAUUCGGUGACACCAAUCUUGGCCAAUAACCGGGAGAAGCGUGGUCUGGCGCUGGAUGGCAAACUGAAGCACGGAGACACCAACUUGGCAUCAUCUACAAUCCUGCGCCCAGGGAUGGAUAAGGAAGUGCUGGGGAUCCUGGUGUCGUAUAAAGUGCGAAUUAAUUUGAUGGUGUCCAGAGCAGGCAUCCUCGGUGACCUCACCUCAAGUGAUGUAGCGGUGGAACUGCCACUUACUCUGAUGCAUCCCAAACCAUCUGAGGAUUUCUUGGGAUCAGAGGAAGUGGAGAAAACACGUACACCAUCUGAUAGACCCAUGGAGUCCGCGGAGGACGUGGUGAUUGAAGAAUUUGCUCGACACAAGUUGGAAGGAGAACAACAAGAUGAUGAUGAAGAGGAGGCGGAGAAAAGUUGA